AUGAAGGAAAGAGGAACGGUCAACCACAAACACGACGGUCAAACCGCCUCGCGAAUAGAUACAACUUCCUCCUCAAACAAAGGGCCCGAAAGCUUGUACGAGAAGCUCGUCGACCAACAAACCUCCUAAGUCCUGGCUUACAUUUGAAAAAUUGGCGAAAAAUUGGAGAAAACAGAUUAAAAUGGAAGAAAAUACUCUGAAAUUAUGUCUUUCUAAAAUAAAAUUGUGAAAUAUUGUCGCUUUCAUGAGCUGCAAUUCCGCAAAACCAGUCAAUUUUUUUCUUUUUUUGAUUUACCAAGUUUCAAUAGAAUGCAUGGAAUUUGCGGAGACGCAGAGAAACAAAUCUUUGAUUAUCAAUAACUGAAAGAUUUCCCGCGGAACGGCUCGACGUCUUCUUCCGGCUAGAGAUCACGGAAAGUUCGGAAACGCAGAGAAAAAUGAUAUUUUAGUCGAUUUAUCGAAAAUUGUUCUUGGAAUGAACACUUCGAGCUGCACCCGACCGAAUAGGAAUUUCAUCUUUGAGACAUAUUUGAGACAAGUCAGACAUCUUUUAGCUUUUCAUUCCAAAUGAGAUCAGGAAUUUUUAAAAGAAAGAAGAUGAUGCUGAUUCACCAUCAUUCUCAUAAAAACCGUGACUUUUCCCUCAUUUUUCAUCCUCCUUCAGAGUUAAGUAGUUUCUCUUUUUCUUCUCAACCUGUUGUGGAAAUUUUCAGAGAGGAAAAACAUCUGUUAAAAAUGGAUUCUUUAAUCGACAAGAAAACGCAAUAUCUUGCGGAAAUCCCCUCGCUUCCCAUCAAUUACAUUAUGGUGAGCCUCUUUCCAAAUUUCCAAUUUUUAAAUAAAUUUUUUUGUAGUUAUCUCUAGUGGCUACCGUCUCCCUGAGCACAAUUGCCGUCUUUUUCUUGGCUUUUGUCCGAAGUUUUCAGCAAAAAACUACCAAAGAGCAGAGUGUGGAUGUUGUCUUUUGCCUCAUGAUCGAAGAAAAUGGGGAUUUUUAAGAGAAUCAAAACGGUGAAAUGGCACCUGAUGCCGGAAAUAACGCAAGCCCAUAAAACUUUGAAAAAAGAAAGGACUUGGAUCGCCAACCAGAAACAUUCGAACAGCAGCCACAGUAGCACUAGAAAGAAGCCACAGGUCGGUUUUCGGAGUAUAAAAUAUUUUUUAUUGAUUUUAUUCACAAGUUUUCAUUUUUUUUCAGAGUAUUUUUUUACAAAAAGAGAGGCAGGAGUUACCCGUUUCAGUAUCCUGGAUCAAGUUGAGGACAUUCUAAAUGCUCGGAAACUUGCGUGAGUUGAUUUUACAAGGAAAAUUUUUUGAAAAAACGAGGAAUGGCUUGAAAAGAUGAACUGAAAAAAGAGCUGAAGCGUUUGCGCCCCACGGGUAUACACUGGAAAAAGCCCUUUCAUUUGAAAAAAAAGUCUUUUUUCGUUGUUAUUUCAGCCCUUCCAAGAGACUAGAAGUACUGAAAUUAGGAUUUGACAUUCGAAAGAAUUUUAUUUUUAGCUACGAUACUUUGCUUGAACGCAAGUAAGUAGUUUGACUGAUUUAACAUGUGCCUGACCAAAGACGGUUUGCGCUCCUAGGUAUGAUUUAAUUGAGCUGAUGCAAACCGCGACGCUUCGAGCCAUUCCUCGUGCGACCACCGCUUCUGAAGUCUCGAAGUUUUCAGAGCAUCUGAGCAGAAAAAAGCUUCGGAACUCACCGCGGCACAGUCAAACAUUCCCGAAUCAAACGUAAUUUCGGAUUCCGGCGAGAAGCAUUUCAAACUUCUUCGCAAAAUCCUGAAAGCGGAUGGGGCGACGUCGAAGACUGCCGCCGAAAUGACCAAAUCGGAGGUCAAAAGCGCCGAAAUUCAAGAACCUGACACUCAAAACGAAACGAAGUCUAGUCCGCAGUCUACACAGCGGUCCAAGAAGAGACAAUAAAUAUCGUUUCUUUUCAUCAUAAAUAUUAUUUCUUUUCAUCAUUUUCUGACUUUCAAACUGGAUGUAUUUAUUUUCACAACUUGCAAUUUGAUAAAGAGAUCCUUUUUGCAAGAUUUAGUGGCCCCUAUAGGCUAUAUAACAGGCGGUGCCUGAAGAACCUUCAAGGGCCUCUGAAGUUGUUCCUGUAUGGACUACUCUGAAAUGCGUAAAAAAGGAAUUACCAAAUCACAAAAUUUAUAAAAAAAUUUAAAUUUUCACGCAAAAAUACAAAAAAGCGAAAUUCCGUGCACCUCCCCCAUUAUUCAUAUCGCUCGCAGCUACUCCAAGUGAUUUCUUCAAAUUUUCUACUUUCUGAUCAAUUUUUCUAGAAAAUUUCGCAGAAUGGACAGUUUAAUCGAUAAUCGAGUGGAUUAUAUCGCAGAUGCGCCGGUGGCGCCGGUCAGCUACAUUUAUGUAGGCUUUUUUUUAUUUAUUGAAAAUUGGCGGUCAUUUUUCCAGUUGGUUUUGGGAGCUCUUAUCUGUACGAGUACUCUAGCAUUUCUCGCCUUUGCUUUUUCCCGAAGUCAUCAAGCAAAAGAAGAAAAAUCCAGGGCGGAUAGGGUUUUUUUUUGGAUUUGAAAAAAAAAAACCUUCGAAGUUCUAGACAGUGAGAAUAGCAAAAUGGCACCUGAUGCCGGAAAUUAUGCAAGCUCAUAAAUUGUUGAAAAAAGAAAGGACUUGGAUCGCCAAUCAGAAACUUUCCAAUAGCAGCCACAGUAGCACUAGAAAAAAACCACAGGUCGGUUUUUAGUGAUAAGAAAUUAUUUUCCUAACGAUUAGGAGAUAAAUUAUAACUUUUCAGAGUAUAUUCACAAGAAAAGAGGCCAAUGUAACCAGUUUCAGUAUUCUAGAUCAAGUUGAAGACAUUUUAAAGGCUCGGAAACUUGCGUGAGUUGAUUUUACAAGGAAAAUUUUUUGAUAAAACGAGGAAUGGCUUGAAAAGAUGAACUGAAAAAAGAGCUGAAGCGUUUGCGCCCCACGGGUAUACACUGGAAAAAGCCCUUUCAUUUAAAAAAAAAGUCUUUUUUCGUUGUUAUUUCAGUCCUUCCAAGAGACUAGAAGUACUGAAAUUAGGAUUUGACAUUGAAAAGUUCGAUUACCACUUGAACAGAUUUGAGUUGAUUUCUGAAAGAAUAAGACUCGGACCUUAAAACAUUUCCCACGCACUUCAAAACUGAUUGCGUGGGGAUUUCUGUUAUCUCGGACUCAAAAAAAAAGUUCGAUUACCACUUGAACAGCCACUUGGCGCUGAGUCGUCCUGAUGGCCUGGAGGAAACCCGGCGAUUUCCCCAAAUUAAUUCCCAUUCAAAGCUCAAAAAUAGUUCUAAUAUGUUCCAAGGGCAGUUGUGAAAAUCUUUUUUGGGGAAAAAAACCUUAUUUUCGAUAUCUUUAAAUUUGGCUUCGAAAUCUUGAAUAACCUCGAAAGCUGUUGUUUUUGAUAGUUUUCAUCACUUUUACAGUUUCAGAAUCGCCGCAGCAGAAGCCGAGAAGCAAAAAGCGGCCCAAGCUGCUUUGGCGGCCAAAGUUCCAAGAGAUCGGCAAGACUCUGCGGAAAAAAUCAUCAAGAAACGAGGCCUUAAAAAGUUGGGCAGCAAGGAAAAGCCAAAAUGUGACGAGGCCCUGAAGUCAAACGAGCCGAGGCCAGUGAUCCCAGAACAUGGCCCAAGGUCGGAGUCCAAAACGCCUAUGCCCACCGCGAAAUCCCUAAGCAAAAAAGCACCCAAAACAAACUCUAUUAUAUUGUCUGAAAACCAACUAUCCAAGGAGCCUGAAAAGAAACAACAAUAAACAUUUGUACUUUUCAAAUUUACCUAUUUUAAAACCACGGUAACAAAGUUGUACGCAGAGUGAACAAAUGCAUUUAACUUCACGACUGUUUGGACAAAAUAGUUUUAAAUAUUUUUUGAAAGAAUUAUCUAACUUUUUUCUGGAUUCUCAUUCAUUCACGACUUCUGCGUAGUUUGAGGAGAGCGCAAAGUUAACCAGGUGAGUUUUUAUUCGGUUUUCUCCUUGAAAUUUGCGUUUCAAAGCAGAAAAAUGUGGAUUGAGCAAUUUCGUUUUGUUUUCCUAGUUUUUUUUGUUUUCGAUAUUUUUUUUGGGGAAAGAGAAGGAUUUCUGUUCAUUUUUUCAUAUUUCUCAUAUACAACUACAAGCUGUGCAAUAUUUUUUGCAGAAAACCCCAAAAAAUGACAGCAACAUCGACCUGGAAACGAUUCCGACGCGGAUUGCCCAUUUAUUCUUGGCCUAUCCUAGCCGCCGGCCUCAUUUUCAUCGACUGGAAUCACACCCGUGAGUGGAAAGCCGCCGGAAAAGUUUCUACACUCGAAGUCGAGCUUCUCAACAAGGGCAAGGCGUGA